AUCUGUCUCCUUCAGUCCAUGAUGGAGGAGCAGUGAACGUCAUCGCCUCGUGCUAACCAUCGGCCUUAUUUACCUCUCAGCCCGCAGGUGACCAGCUCCGGAGCGCACCGGGACAGAGCCAGGACGCGAGCCAGGACCAAGCCGGGACAGAGACAGAACCGAACAAGAACAGAGCCAGGACCGAACCAGAGCUAAGCAAAAGAAUAAUAACCAACAUGAAGCAUUUCCUCAGAGUGCUGUACCAGUUCCUGGUGUUCCUCUACUGUAAGAUCCUGUGGAGGGGGCUGAAGUUUGUUAUGAGGAAGCUGACCGGCCGCUGUGAGCUGCAGCGCAUCUGCUACAACAACAAGCCCGGAGCCCGGCGCACACUGAAGAUCGAAUCAUCCUUGAGGUACUCCAAAAAUGAGGUGCUGCAGUCUGCCCUGAGCGUGCACCCUGACAGAGUGGAGAAGACCAUCGAAGACAUCAUGGCUCUGAAGAAGAUCAACCCUGACACCAACCCACAACUGGGCAUCUCCCUCCAGGCCAGUCUGCUGCAAAUCGUGGGCUACCGAGCUCUGCUGGUGGAGGUGGAGAAGCUCCGCAGAGAGCCCUACGACUGCGACAACCCAAAGCACGAGGACAUGCUGCUCAAGCUGUGGAAGGAGCUGCGUCCCGACUGCCCUUUGACUGGGAGGAUUUCCAAACAGUGGUGUGAGAUCGGCUUCCAGGGUAGUGACCCCAAGACUGACUUCAGAGGCAUGGGGCUGCUGGGCCUGAGCAACCUGCUGUACUUUGCUGAACACGACAAGGCCACGGCUCUCCAGAUGCUCAAUGACUCCCUGCAGCCCAAACACAAUGAGAUGGACCAGGCCGAGUGGGAGCAGAGGAGCAGAGACAAAGCCAUUGGGUAUUCGUUUGCCAUCGUGGGCAUAAACAUCACAGAGCUGGCCUACUCCCUGCUGCUGAGUGGAGCUCUGAAGACUCACCUGUACAACGUGGCUCCAGAGAUGGCCAGCCUGCAGCAUUUCCAGCAAACCUUCUGCUACCUCAUGCAGGAGUUCCAUGGCUUCUGGGUGGAGGAGGACCCAAAUGACAUCAUGGAGUUUAACCGUGUGCGCUCCAAGUUCCACAGGAAGAUGGUGAGGCAGCUGCAGAACCCUGAUGCAGCCCUGUGCCCGCAUUUCUCCGCCUCGGACCUACACCUAGUCAACCUGUGAGCUCCGCCCCCAUAUGCCCCUGACCUCGCCACACCCACCACCAAUCAGCUAGCCCCAUGUCACUGCCACGUCCCCACACUGCCCACUGCGUCACCAGCAUCUCAUGUGUUGCUUUAACCGCUCAGUCAGAUUGUAAUCCAAAAGCUUUCAUUUUGUCUUUUAUACAUGAGAAACUUGGGUUCUUUUUAAAGACGAUACAGUUGGAGAUGUAUUUACCUUGUUGACAUGCUUCGGCUGCUAGCUGCGAGCCAUUCUCAGAACAGUCACUGGUGGUGUCACAUGGUCAGCCUGACAGACCUGGCAGGUCGCUCCGAGAAGAAAACCAAAAGGAAUGUGAGAAGGAAACAUGAGGGAGACGAGUGUGCAGCUUGCAGCUGAAAAAUGUCAACAAGAUAAAUACAUCUCCUGUUGUGUUGUCUUUAAAAAGAACCCAAGUUGCCAGUCAGAUUGUAGCCACGUUUUGUUCAUGUGCAUUCAUUUCAGUAGGUUUUGAGGAGGCAUUUGGAUAUAUAUUUGGAAAAGCUACAUUCGAUAUAAUUUUCUUUCAUUUGAAGUAGGGAUGCACGAAAAUAUCUGUCACCAAUAAUGGCAAUUAUGAGGUCACUCUGAUAAUUCUGAUCAUAUUUUUCACAGAUAAUUUAAUCCGAUAAUUAUGAACCCAAAAUACACUGAUUCAACCACUUUUCCUCAGAGGUUUUGUCCCUCAGAGCAUUCACUCUGAGCCCCGGCUCCUCAUCCUGCUCUAGUCACACAUACACUGUAUAUGCGGCAGGAGCAGCCCCAGAGCGGAGACAGAGAGCAGAGGACACAUGUUUACAUGUAUGGGCUUCUUUUAUGUUUGAAGGAAGUCUCAUAUUAGAUCUAACAAGUUAUCUAUAAGUUUUCACCACAGCGAGUGAAAACACGAGGCAGCUGAGACUGUGACAGUCUGUGCAUUAGUGCUGUAGCUUGACACAAAUCUAUGGGGCUGAUGUGCCUGGACUAUACAAGGACAUAUAGGACUAUCUGCAUCUGCCUCUCUCUGCUAACAUUUUAUUCACUGUCUAUAUUUGCAAUACACAGUGGCAACUUUGAAUUUGUGUCACUCAGAUAUAUGUCCAUCUCAUAUUAAAAGAACAGCCACCGUGCUCUGGGCCCCUCUGUGCUGCACAAAGCAUGAAACCCACAGAUUAUGGAAUAUGGCUUAUCUGAAGCAUACUGUGAAGAAUAAGGAAAAUAACAUUAUAAAACAGCAUUUACAAUGUGGCAAGAAGAAAUGAAGGCCUAUAUGAAACAUUACUAAGACAUAGGUAGUGUAUAGUUAAGUUAUACUGAGCUUAUGAGCUGCUUCAACCCAAUACUUCUGUUACUUCUGUUACUUGUGCUUUAUAUGUAUUACAUGGUCUGCUUCAGUGACAUUUAGACCUAUAAACUUAAACAAAUAUUUAAACAUUUUACCUCUUUAAAUUCAGGUUAAAUGAAAAUGUAUUAUCGGUUUUACUUUAUCGGUUAUCGAUGACACACAUCUUUAGAUUAUUGUUAAUCGUAUUGGUUGAAAGUGACAUUAUCGUGCAUCUUAUUCAAGAGGCUCAGUGCACAGUAACACACAAAUUAGCAUUAAAAUUAACAUUAAGACAAAAAAGACCCAUUUUCCUAAACAUCAGUAAAGUAUUCACCUCAUUUGUGAAGUAUUUAACACAAUCUUUAUAAGUAUUUAUUCAUUUUAGCGUGACUCUGCAAAAACUUCAUAAAGAUACAAAUGGACAGGAAGUAGUGACGCCGACAGUGAGAUUACCUGGUGUGUGCACAGAGCCUAUUACAAGUUAUUAAAAUUGAGUCUGUGGCUCAAAUUUGGACACAUUUUGGGGGUAAGAAGCCAUGACUAAUCUAGAGUGGCAGAAUAAAAAUUGAGAAACAUUAUUAUUUAUGAAUGAUUAAUAAUAUUUAAUAAAUUUGAAAAUAUGCAGUUACAGGUGGCAGAUUACAUGUUAUUGGAGCAAAUGAAUGAACUGCAAUUAUAAAAGUUUUCCUGUAACUAAAAGUGAUAAUUAUAUUUUUGUUUGGAGAAAAAUCUUGUUUAUCACUAAAGUUUGU